AACGUGCCCUUAUCGUUAUUUAUAAACGCGGCAUGGAUAGAGCAUGCUAACAUAAGGUGGUGUCAAAGGCUUUGGAAAUACAGGUGACAGGCAUUUCAGAUCCCCAUUCACCUGCGAUGCAACGCCAGGCAUCGCAUGUGUAGCCAGUGAUUGAAAAGGCGUGCAGUCUGUAGAGACAGACUCCUUCAGCGCCGACGGCGUUUUUAAUGAUGAGCGCUGCUUUACAUGAACGCUAAUAUUGAUCAUUUGGAACAAUGGCAAACGCGCGACCGGCGCUCCUCGCAAAUCCGCGCUCCCGUGGCACGCACGCACACACACACACACACACAGACACAGGCACGUCCGACCCACACAAAGUUGGUUUAUAUGCAAUUACACGGAGAAAAACAAAUACCCAACCACACCAGUAGACUGUCACACCUCCACACUCACAGAGACGUACCACACACACACAGACACACAAAGACUAGAGACUCCAGCCCUCGACGGAUCCCCUUCUCCCAACGCCGCAAUCGGCUCUCAAUCCGUCUCAGACCCCAAAAAAAGACCAAAGACCCUGCGUAUGAAACGAAAAGGAUCGAAACUUAAUCGCAGCCGGGCAAAUCCAAUUUUACAGAAAUAAAGCAAAUUUCUAUAGGACAAAAAAAAUGAUGCAACAUCCGACGACAGACGGGGGCAGAAAUAAUGUAGAUUAUAAAACAGCCGUUGAUAAUAUGCAAUAGGCUGCGCUUUGUGUAUUGAGUUUGUGAGUUGUUGGCGUAAAUACACACUAGCGGUUUAUUCCUUAAACUCGAUUUUAAUUUCGCACCAGUGAGUAGAUUUCCACGGAUGCGUGUUAGUACUGGGAGACGGGGAGGCAGGACUGGAGAUGGACUGUCGGAGUGGGAGGGAUGCAAACAAUUAUUAUGAUGAUGACUGACUGACACGCAGGAUCCAAAUAACGUCAGGGACUUUAUUCGGAAUAAUUGUCCAGUGAAAGCGGUUGUUACAGCUUAUCAAAAACAGGACGUUGGGGAGCCUUAAAUUAAAUGGCGAAAUAAGAACCGAGCCGAGGGAGAAAGCGACGGCUGUGACGAACCGAGAGGACAUGGAGAAACGCGAUCGGGUGCCGUUUUGAAAGAUGGUGCUGUUGGGAUGCGACGAAGCGGAACUGCAUCGUCAAUAGGUAGCCCAGCCCAGCCUAACCAACAGAGAGGAAAAGAAGACUUAAGCAUCAUUAUCACUGGCUUUCAGAUAAGCCUCUCCAAAAGGCUACAGAAGCGUUAAGGAAACAUGAAUAUUUUACACCUUAGAUCUUCAUCAUAUUUCGCAGAUUAUCAUGGAAGUAAUGCCAAACUGUUGCGUUAAUAUCAACAGGUGGAAUAAAACGUUAUCAGUUAAGCAACGCACUUGAAAGAAGACAACGGACAAAAAAACAAGUCGGAUGGAUCUCCUGCAAGGAGCGAGUUGAGGAGGAAAUAUUCUGAUUUGCGUGGUCCGCCUGGAUUCUCAAAAAGGGCAAAUAAAGGUUUGCGCCUGACAUUUAGAUAGCGGCCUAUUUCACGGGCCUGACUCCUAUCUGGACGAGGCGUGUAAUGGGGAGAGUCCUGCCUUGCGAAUCUGCAAACCCAGCGGAGGACCAGCACAGCUUCUGAAGUCAGACAGAGCCACGCGUGGAGAACAGGCCAUGCCAGGUCCAGUUGGGCGCGUCAGACAAGCCAGCAGCGGAUUUUAACCCUCGCUGGCGGCCCAGGAAACUAACCAAACAGUGUGAGUGUGACCCCCCCCCCCCCCCCCAGCCAUUGGCCUGGUGCUCUUGUGUCACAAUUGCCACAGAAGUCGCUGAACGCCAUCCAGAAUUUCCUGGAUCAACCCAGUGGCCAAUUUUAUCCGAGGUAGGCUUUUAUCGCUUGUUAUGGAUAUAUGCAUCUUACACUUGGGGCCAGACAUUAUUACAUUUGUUAACUGUAAACUUAUUUAUGGUCAAUUUCACGGUUACACAGAUCUUUAAGUACACCGUAGAGGAUCUUCAUUAUCACAGAAAUCAGCCCUGUGGUUUCAACCUGUGUGAUUUUCAUGCUGUCUGUUAAUAUUCGACUCGGAUAUAAAACUAGUUAUAUUAAUGACUGUAAACUCUGUAGAACUGCCUUUAAAUUGUCAGAUCAUCCGUAGUGGUGUCCUGAGCUGUCUUAAGGUGUUACAGACUCUGUAGUUACUGGGUUCUUCCGACCAGCCAGGAAAAGCACAGCGUAGGAGGCCAGGGACAUUGGGGGGGGGGAGACGCAGAUGGACGCAGGUCAGCAAAACAGGAGGACGGGACGGGGAGAAUUUUACGGCAGAGGACGAGUGAAACAAAGCAAUUACGGAGUGGGAGGGCUUUUGUGUUUUGUGUAAGGGGGCACGAUUAAUCAUGGCUCGCGAAAAGGGUGAUAAAAAAAGAGGGGGGUGGGCGUGCUUUUUAGAAAAUGACCGGGCAGAUUUGAGGGGGGGGCAGCCUACACACCAGAACGACUGAAAGUAAUAAACACAAGACUGUGUAUGAUUUUUGCACAUCCGUACACAGAAAGGCAAGGCACUUUUUACCAAUAUAAAAUGGUAAAUCAAAUAAUGUGCAAGAAGUUCCAAGGGGAUCUACUGUUUGACUAAACAGUUAAACUUUUGAAAGUCAGAACAUCUGUUUGAGAAGGUGUGAUCAAAACAAACAGAUCGGAUCGUAGCCCAAAAUGAAGUCUUGCGUAAGCGUUACUUUCUUCAGUGUUUCCUGCGAGUGUCUUUCGGAGGAAAUUCGACGGCAGGUCCAUGCAGGCGUUCUUAGUGACCGCUCAUCCAAUUACGUCGCGUGAGGUCGCGGUGAUCCAGAACAUUCCCUGGGAAGCGCUGGGUGUUAGGCCAGGCACAUGGCAAAUGGGGUGUGAAAUCAUCUAAGUGCACGCGCACACCGCACACACAGAGACACGCGUGCACGCGCGCCCACACAUUUGCACGCGCGGCAAAAGCAAUUCACCGAACAGCGUGUCUCUCGGUGGCGAGAGGAGAAGCUGACACGCGAGCGGAGGAUGCGGGCAGACAAGGCAGGAGAUCAUGCAGACUCUGUGAAGCCUGGGCCAGAGUCAGAUGUAAGCCUGGAGCUGAGAGGUGACCAUGCUUUACAGCAGACCGCCAUGUUGGUGCCUUGAGCAGGUGCAACUGGAGUGUCUCCAGUCCGUUCAUUUAAAUCAUUUCACAAAAAAAGGCUUAUAAUGGACUUCCUGUGUGGCACGUGUUUCUUACGCUUUAUUGCAGUGGUUCCCCACCCAGUCCACAUUUUUCCUCCCUCCCAACUCCCAGCACAACUAUCCCAGGUAUUCAGUGAUUUUGAUUGGCUGAGAGCAGGGAGGGAACUGCGUGGGGGGUCCUGAAGACUGGGUUGGGAACCACUGCUUCAUUGUAAUGUUUGUUCUCCACAGACUGGCUGCAAAGACCUGUUAGAUGCACUGAGUGAUAUACCUAUGUUCUGCGUUCACGCUGUCCCCCCCCCCCCGGGGCACAAAAACGGCCGUUAAAUCCACAAGCGGGGGGCAGUACGGCCAUUUUGCCUCAGUCCUCUCGUCUGCUUUUCAGAGCAGUCAAACGUUACCCGUGUCUGGGAGCAUUCGUAGCACUAUCGGAUUACAUAAUGUUAGGCUGACGAAAGUGCAAAAUGACUAAACAUCUCUGUCGACGUUACAAUGAGCAGAAUCGGGACGGCUUGCUUGGGCUUGCUCAGAGAUUACACCCAACUGAAAACAUUUGAAGGUGUGAAUCAUCUGCAUUGCAGAUCAGAAUUUGUUCAUUGUUAAGCAUAAAAGCAGAUAUACAUAUGUAGAUCUCCACAGGCUGGCGUCUAUCAUGUAAAUGUAAUGUAAAUGUAGAUGUAGUUAUUAAUAAUUCAUCAAAUAGACACAGAAAGGACAGUGCAAUGUCUAUUGGUGGAAGGGAUUUCUUCAGUCAUACAUUGAUUUUAGGUUUUACCUUGGCUACUCCUGACUUUAUUGUCACAUACGGUCAUGGAAUGUCACUGUUGGCCAUUCUUCACUGCACACCUGCGGUUGGUGAUCCACCCACCAUUUUAUGUCCCUGGCGCUGUAAACAGAAAAAAACACUCCACACUUCUCAGUGCGUUCUGUGGCCAAGCAUGUAAUCUGCUCAUGUAAUCAAUUACAUUUUAAGAUGUGUGCAUGAUAGCUUGUGUUUGGGGGUGGUGUGUGGCCACUGUGGUCAUGAUCAGAAGGUUGCUAGGCUGAAUCUCGUGGUCAGCAGGCAGAUUUCCCCAUUGGGUCCUUGAGCAAGGCCCUUAACCCCAAACUGGGUAGGAGUACCUGCUAACUAAACCGUAAAACUUUACUUGAGGAAGCACAGAUACUGAGUAGUAUCUCAGUUACUACUGAAAAACUAAUCACGAACAAUUUUAGUAGCUACUUGAGAUAAGAUGCAUCAUGAUUCAUUAAUGACAAACAAACAUGAAAUCAGUAUUUCACUAGUAAUUCAUUACUUAGUCCUUCAGCGGUUCCUUAGUAGUUCCUUCAGUAGUUCACAAAGGUUUACCGAAUUAACCAAUAUAGUAACAAAUAUAGUAAUUGCUUGAGAAAACGUGUCAAAAUUCAUUAAUGAUGAACGAAUAUGAGAUCAGUAUUUCAUGUGUUAUUCAUGACUUGUUCCUUCAGUUGUUCCUUAGUUCCUUCAGUUGUUCACAAAUGUUUACAGAACAACAGUAUACAAUACAUAGUAAGAAAUGUGUUAAUUGCUUGAAAUAAAACAUGCCACGUUUCUUUAAUAAUGGACGAAUAUGAGAUCAGUAUGUAACUAAGAUUUCAUUUGUGGUUAAUUAAUACGUAAGUAAUGGUGUAAUACUACAUUGUUUGUGCCCCUUCAAGUAAAAUGUUACCAAAUGAGUAUCAGUCUUUCAAAUACCUGUUUUUUUUUCCAGUCCCAAUAUCUCUCCCCUGAUAGAAGGCAACCAGGAAAUGAAGGCCAUUUUUUCCAAACUGUUUUUCACAGCUAUAUAAAUGUCCAGUGUACUGUCUCGACCACUGUGAAAUCCUCCCGUGUAACUAAGAACGGGAAGCUAUCUCUCUGUGGUUAGCUUCAUCCGGGGUGCUUCACGUAAACGGGCGCAAAAGCAGAUCAUAAGCUGAGGUAAACAUAUAUUACACUGUUCAAUUAUUCAUAUUUUCAUUUUACAGUAAAGGCUUGUGGGUGUUUUUUUGACAUCUAAUGCAGUGUUUCUCAAUCCGGUCCCUGGGGACCCAUAUACAGUCCACGCUUUUUGUGGACAAAAACGUGGACUGUCUGCUAGGAAAUUCGGAGGGAGCAAAAACAUGGACUGACUGCGGGUCCCUGAGGACCGGAUUGAGAAACACUGAUCCGAUGAAUUCAGGGUGGCCCCCGCCUCAGGCUCUGCUUCCUGGGAUUGGCUAGAGGCUUGCCAUGACCCUGUUUGAGAUAAGCGGUUGUGGAAGAUGGAUAGGCAUCCAGUUAUCCAGAGGCUGCUCAUGUGUCACUUUGUGAGGAUCAUAUCAAUCCUACAGGCCUCGCUGUGGGAUCAUGGUCUGCAGGACUGAUUAGACUUCCAACUUUCUGUGUGGGGUAUCUGGAUUUAAAUCUCGGCUGCCAUAGUGCAGUCCGUGCCACGUCUUACCCCAGCGUGUGCGAAACAAUCAAAGAAUGAACUGGUCUUUGCGUAACAUACUAAUUGCUUUGCUAAAGUCUAAUUAUUAUUAAAUCUCCCUACCUGCCGGUUUAGCGGUUAGCCAGGCGCUAACAGGAAAUUAAAUCCUGCAGAGUGCUGUACCUCAGGGAUGCAGGGUUGGCCACCACAUUAUUUCAUGUCCUCCCAGGGGCAAUUCUAGGAUUUUUUUUUAAGGGGGGGGGUGCAUAAGAGGGGCCAUAAUUCACACAGAGGGGCCAACCUUAUCAUUAGCACAUGGUAUGUUUUGAAUCAGUGAGUGAUGGGGGGAGGAGCAAUCCGGGAGCCAAUCAGCUUUCAGCUGACGGCAGUGGCCCCGCCCCUGUGUCUUCCUCAAGGCAGUCCUGCCCUGCCGGGCUACUUUGAGCCUGGCUUUAAGUGGAAGGUGUGAAUCGACCGUGACUACUUCAUCUGAGCAGCAGCCUUGGACUCGUGAUUAGACAAGUCAUCGAGAUUCAUUUCAGGCACCUGCUGUCAGGGGAGGGAGGCUGUUAUAGCCACCAUUACAGGUCUUAUCUCGAGGAACGGACUGAAUCUGGACCAAGACUGGCACCACAAUCACUUUGAGCAGAGUGUACAUGCACGUAGGCUUUAAGAAGGAGCGUCUGUGGAACGAUAACAGAGCCCUUUGCAUUCAGAGCGAUUCAGGGAGACGUGGAAUUUUAUAAUGGGAAAAUAAGAAAGGGCACAUUUGUUUGGUCGCCAGCUGGAUUGGGAAUAAUCUUAUUUAGCCCCUACUUUAUGUACAGGCUUUCCAUGAGUGUGAAAAUAAUUCUGCGUAAGUAUGGAGCUCAUCCAAGAAAGUGUCCACAUGGCUUAAGUAGUCCGAUGCUUCAAAAUCAUUCCGUUAAUCAGUGACAGGUCCUGCCGUACUUUGGCGAAGCUGAUAUCCGUGCGCCUCCAUUCGACGUUAAAACACUCCUGCCGUUCCCUGCCCGCCGCCUCCUGCUAGCAGAAGGACUGAAAUGCCGGUGCUGUGACUGCAGGAGAGCCGCACGGAGCUGUAGGGAGUCGCCCUCCCACUUGAUUGGAACUCCCCCCCCUGAGUGCCCUGGAAAAGGUGUGCAGGGAGGGGUGGCGGUGCGGUGGAAGAAGGAGGAGGCGGAGAAAUGGCCCCAGAAGGCGCAUCGGAUCUCCGUGACUGGCUCUUUCUGCUGCUGCUCUGCCUGACGCUGCUGGCCGAAGUGCUGGAGCUGGCGGCGGCGGCGGCGGAGGCGGCGCAGGAGGCAGAGCACGAGGCGGAUGUGGCGUGUCCCGGCGUGUGCCGCUGCGACGAGGGCUUCAUCUACUGCAACGACCGCGGCCUGAGCCUCAUCCCGCCGCUGCCCUUCUCGGCAGCUGUGCUCUACCUCCAGAACAACCGCAUCGACAACAGCGGCCUGCCCACCUCGCUGGAGCGCCGCGUGGCUGUGCGUGUCGUCUACCUGUACGACAAUGAACUGGACGACUUCCCCAUGCACCUGCCACCAUCGCUGCGAGAGCUACACCUGCAGGACAACAACAUCCGCACGCUGCCGCGCUCGGCACUGGCGCGGCUGCCGCUGCUGGAGAAGCUGCACCUGGAUGACAACUCCAUAUCGACGGUGAGCAUCGAGGAGCAGGCCUUCGCUGACAACCCGCGCCUCCGCCUGCUCUUCCUGUCACGUAACCACCUGUCCAGCAUCCCCUCCGGCCUGCCAUCCUCUCUGGAGGAGCUCAGGCUGGACGACAACCGCAUCUCCACCAUCCCCACGCACGCCUUCCGGGGGCUCUCCUCGCUACGCCGCCUCGUGCUGGAUGGCAACCUGCUAGCUAACCAGCGGAUCGCCGACGACACCUUCUCGCGCCUCUCCAACCUGACCGAGCUCUCGCUGGUGCGCAACUCCCUGCAGACCCCACCGCUGAACCUGCCCAGCGCGCAUCUGCAGCGCCUCUACCUGCAGGACAAUGCUCUCACCCACAUGCCCAGGGGCUCCCUGGAUGGCAUGCGCCGGCUGCAGAGGCUUGACCUAUCGGGCAACAACCUGACCACCCUGCCUCGGGGCCUCUUCCGGGACAUGGACAGCCUGUCGCAGCUGUUGGUGCGCGGCAACCCCUGGCACUGUGGCUGCAACCUGCGCUGGCUGCACGACUGGCUGCACGCCCGCGGCACCACUGUCACGGUGCGUGGCUUCACCUGCCAAGGCCCUGAGAGAGUGCGGGGCAUGGCCCUCAGCGACCUUGGUGCCUACAUGGAGGAGUGCGAAAGCAGCAACACCGGUGCAGCCGGCGGGGGUCGAGAACGGGCCAGUGGGGAACGGGCCACCACCAUGUCUACCACGCUGUCUCCACUCCAGGGCUCUUUGUUCACCCUAAAAUCCAAACGGCCUGGUCUCCGACUCCCUGAUUCCGACCUGGACUAUUCGCUUGGCAGCAGUGCCAGUGGCAAGGCACUGGUCCUCACCGUGAAGCCCCUCAGUCCCGACUCCAUCCACCUGACCUGGCGCGUGCCACAGCCCACGUCCUCGUUCCGGCUCAGCUGGCUGCGUCUCAGCAACAGCGCUGCCAUGGGCUCCAUUACCGAAACCCUGGUCCCCGGCGAUCGGCGUGAAUACCUCUUGAGCGCCCUGCAACCCCAGUCCAGCUACAUCAUCUGCAUGGCACCCCUCCCCGCCGACGGCCGGAGCACGUUCACUGAGGCCAGCGCUGACUCCGAAGAAGCCCCGGUGUGUGCCCGGGCCGAGACGUCUGAACUUGCCCGGCCGGGUCCCGACAAAAGCGAGGACCAGGGCUCUGAGCAGCUGACCGUGCUCCCGCUGGCAGGCAUCAUCGGUGGGGCCACCGCCCUCGUACUCCUGGCCCUGAUCUGCGCCAUCCUCUGCUGGUGCAGCCACCGGGCCCGGCACAUCUCCGACCGCGAGCAUUCCGGCCGCGGCAUCUACCGCAGCAAGAAGCGAUACGACGACUAUGUGGAGUCGGGCACCAAGAAGGACACCUCUAUCCUGGAGAUCCGGGGUCCUGGCUUCCAGAUGACUCCCAUGGCUGCCCAGCAGUCCCUGCACACCAAGACUCUCCGGGAAGAUUACAUCAUCCACACCAUAUUUCCUUCCAAUGGCGCUGGAGUUUACAAAAGUACCCACCACACGACUAACUCUGCGUUCGGCACUAACCGUGGUCACAGAGAAGGAGGCAUCCCAGAUAUAGACUACACAUACACGUGAUAGACUUCCAUACAGACACCAAGCAAAGGUUCUUAAGCUUGGUCUUGAAGGACUCAUUUGCCCCAGUGGUUUCUAUCCCAACUUAGAUCCUUACAUUAUGUACUCUUUAGAGACAUUCAGAGGGACGUCAUUUAACGAUAAUCAAUUGCUGCUUCUAAUCGAUAACUUUUGGUUACUUAGUUUUAUAUCUUCCACAGUGUACCUGAAGUAAACGUUGAAGUUACCUUAUCUAGGGUUGAAAUGCCCUUGGCUUUCAAGAGAUGAUUCCUAGGCACAGAGAUCAGUCCUGUUUGCGCUGCACGGAGAAUCGGCCAAUGAAACGGACCGAGGCAGGAACGUUCAGCCGGCCCUGGAUUGAAAAUCAGAAGCAAACAAAUGAGAUUUCUGGACAGACAAGUGCUGGAAUGAUACGCAGAAGAAAAGGUGUGUCGAUCUUCAGGGUGAUGGCUUUCAAAUCCAGAGGGUUCUGUGUUCGGAGACUAAAUUUUUUUAAUUUAUGUCUGCCUUAGUUUUACUUUAACAUUUGAAUAUUUCUUUUGCACACUGAAGCGACGCCUUGUUCCUGUUAGAGAGGAAAAGAAAGACUCACAAUAGAGAUGACAGAUCUGACAACAUAGGGGCCCAAAUUUCUAUCAGAAUUUCUUUUUGUUGGAUUGAGUGAAAGGAACAUGAUGAAGUGAAUGUAUGGGGCGGGGGCGGGGGUGGUAGAAUUUCACUAGAUGUUUUUUGCCUGGACCAAAAAAUAAAGAAAAAUGGUACCUGCAUUCAUUUAAACGACAGAUGCGUUUCUGAAUAUCAGCAGAGAAUAGUCUACCUAGAAUAGGAUGACGGCUAUGUGAUGACAAUCACAGAGGGAAGUUUUGCAAGUGCCGCCGCAGAAGAGAUUGAUGAAAGACGGGAGAGAAAAAAAACAGGAUAGUCGGCAAGGGAUAAACCCAUAUAGUUUAGACAGGGGGAUUAAUGGCAAACUUAAUCACUGAAAACUGCUGGCGUGGUUAAAACAAUUCCCUUUAAGACGACGCAAGCCAAGCUUAACAGUCGUCUUUCACACGGGGGGGGGGGAAGCUCAUAACCUGGUCACAGUCGCAUCGGGACUCGCUCUUCGAUUGAGCUCAGAUUAGUGAGAGGAGGGCGGGCGGCGGCCACCGGGACAGUGAAUCACCGUUUAAAUCAGGGAGAUGCCAAUAGCACUGUACAGAAAUGAAAUAUGUGUUGGGAGUGGCAAAUACACUCUUGUGCCGACGUCACUUUCAGAAAUUUUAAACAAGCAGCAUUUAAUAUAUAGAGGAAGAUAGGGAUGGGGGUUGUAUAAUGGGAGAGAUGGGCAGAGAGGCAUCGAAAGAAAGAAGAGCUGUGAAACUCUUUAAUUUACUCAUUUGUCAAGACCUGAUAUUUCACAUUGUAUUGCUAUUCAUUUUUUCCUUCAUUAAUAAAGAACUACUAUUGAGCUAUUUAAAACGGA